AUGGCUAAUGAAGUUCUUGUGGCGGUGGAUAAGAGUGAAGUUCUUGAAGGAAAGGUUGAUUGGAGAGGAAGAAUAGCUACUAAAGAUAAACAUGGAGGACAAGGUCCUUCCUUACUCAUUUUAGGUACAUUUGCUUGUGAGAACAUAGCAUCAUUUGUGUUAGGAGUAACCUUGGUGACUUAUUUCAAUGGAGUGAUGCAUUAUGAUGUAGCUGAUGCAGCAACUCAAGUUACAAAUUACUCAGGAACCAGUUAUAUUUUAACUGUCCUUGUGGCAAUCCUAGCUGACACUUAUAUUGGAAGAUUCACAGCUGUUUUUGUUUCAUGUUGGAUUGAAUUCUUGGGACUAGGAUUGCUAGCAUUUCAAGCACACUAUCCCAAAUACAAGCCAACACUUUGCAACAUUCUGGAUCCAACAUCAAAUUGUGAGAAAGUUGAUGGAAAAAAUGCAGCACUUUUAUUUGUUGCACUUUAUUUGGUAGCACUUGGCUCAGCAGGAAUAAAAUCAGCAUUGCCAUCACAUGGUGCUGAUCAAUUUGAUGAGAAAGACAAGAAAGAAGCAAUUCAAAUGUCAAGUUUCUUCAAUUGGCUUUUGUUAGCUGUGUGUCUUGGUGGUUCAUUUAGUACAACAUUUAUUGUGUGGAUUCAAGAACAUAAAGGAUGGGAUUGGGGAUUUUUUGUGAGCACAUUGGCUAUGUUGUGUGGUGCAAUAAUAUUUUGUGUUGGAUUACCAUGGUAUAGAAUAUUUGUUAUCAAGGGAAGAAGUGCCAUCACUGAAAUUUUCCAGGUGUAUGUUGCAGCCAUAAGAAACAGAAAUCUUCAACUUCCUCAGGACUCGUCCAAUCUCUAUGAGAUCGACGAGGAUGAGGAAGCUGCAAUUCAAGCAGAGUUUCUACCUCAUACUGAUACAUACAAGUUCUUGGAUAAAGCAGCUAUUAUUCAAACAUCACAACAACAACAACAACAACAAUCUGCAAAAACAAUUAAUCCAUGGAGACUUUGUAGAGUUACACAAGUAGAAAAUGCAAAAAUCUUGCUAAGUAUGGUACCUGUUUUUUGUUGUACAAUUAUUAUGACACUUUGUCUAGCCCAACUUCAGACAUUUUCAAUUCAACAAGGCUUCACCAUGGAUACAAGGAUCACAAAUUCCUUUCACAUACCACCUGCCUCAUUGCCAAUCAUCCCCAUUGUGUUCUUGAUCAUCAUCAUCCCCGUCUACGAUCAAAUCAUCGUUCCAAUCUUGCGCAAGUUUACCGGCAUUCCCACAGGCAUAACAUACUUGCAACGAGUCGGGGUUGGCUUAGUCCUCUCCGCUUUAUCUAUGACAGCAGCAUCCAUCUUAGAAGUCAAGCGCAAACAAGUAGCACGGGAACACAACAUGCUUGAUGCGAUUCCCGUGCUACAACCAUUGCCUAUUAGUGUGUUUUGGCUCUCAAUCCAAUUCUUCAUAUUUGGAAUUGCAGAUAUGUUUACCUAUGUGGGACUUCUUGAAUUCUUCUACUCUCAAGCACCAAAGGAAUUGAAAUCAGUGUCAUCAUGUUUUCUAUGGACUUCAAUGUCAAUUGGAUAUUUCUUGAGUUCAAUUAUUGUGAAAAUUGUGAACAAGGCAACUAAAAAAGUUACAAAUAGUGGAGGGUGGUUAGUUGGGAAUAAUUUUAAUAGGAACCAUUUAAAUUUAUUUUACUUGAUGUUAGCUGUGUUGUGUUGUUUGAAUUUUUGUGUCUAUUUGGUUGUUGCUAGUAAGUAUAAGUAUAGGGUACAAAAAAGUCCUAGUGAUCAAGAUGAUAGUAGAGUACAUGCUCUAAAAGAUCGAAGCAGUCUCUCGACCUUCUCAAGGCAAGAGUAG